UCCAGAUUUCCCCAAGGAAUUUGAGCACAGGGCCGACCCUCAUCGGCGAGGAUCACUGUGCGACCGGCACUGUGCUGCCAUUAACGCCAAUGGAGACCUGGGGGACAUGCAUUCGGGAUCCCAUCAGCAUGGCAUUAUCACCCCUAGGAUACUGCCAGUGAUCUCCACGCCUCCCUGCUGCCCGCACCUCUCUGACGAGGUGCAGAUGUGCGACGGCUGCCUGGUGAAAACCACCAUCACGGCGGAGAACGAGGUGGAAGCCAACAAGCUCUCCAACAACUACAAGUUUGGCUUUAAGAAAUGGAAGAGCCAUGUGACAGCCAGGCCGUGGGAAGACCGGUCGGAAAUCGUGAAAGAGCUCUACUCGGACCUGAACGUCGUGAAAAGUCCCGUAGGUUCCACCGUCACCUGCGGGAACAUCCUCUACCUGCUGCUGUUUGGAUGGUGGCUCUCCCUCCUCUACCUCCUGGUUUCUGCCCUGAUGUUCCUCACGGUCCUGGGAGCGCCCUACGGGAAGCUGUGCUGGAACCUCGCUGGGUAUUUCCUCUGGCCGUUUGGCAAAGUGAUUCAGAAGACCAGAGGCUGCUCUCGGAAGUGCAGCAUCAAGUUCAGCAAGUGUGAGGUCAUCUCGGAGGUGAACGAGGCGAAGGAGAGCACCCCGCUGCUCAUCCACCACGAGACGGGCCCCGGCGCCCCGCCGGCCCCUGGCAGCCGCGCUGAGGCCACGCACUGGCGGCGUGUGAACACUUACCUCUGGCUCCUGCUGGGCUACCCGGUCCUCACGCUCGCCCACAGCCUGGUCUGCUUCGUCGCCUGGCUCUUGGUGUUCAUCAUCCCCAUUGCCAAGAUGAACGCCCGCACCCUCACCACCGUCCUGCUCCUGCCCCCGGAGCACGUGCACGUCCAGCGGAUGAGGAAGACAGAGGUGCCACUGGAGGCUGAAGUCAUCCUGUGCUGCUACCACGCCGUCAAUGCCUAUUACUACAAAUACGCGGUGGACGGGAUCAACGUCUUCGCUGUCACUCAGAGCAACUUCGCGGUGGGGGCGGUGGUGAACGCCUCCUUCGGCUCCAUCAUCGAGCUGACCUUCUACAUCACGGCGCUGAUCAAAGGCUCCCGGGAGGGGAACAAGUGUUACGAGGAGAUCGUGAAUCCCGUGUGCCUUAGUAUUUCAGCUCAGAGCAACUUCGCGGUGGGGGCGGUGGUGAACGCCUCCUUCGGCUCCAUCAUCGAGCUGACCUUCUACAUCACGGCGCUGAUCAAAGGCUCCCGGGAGGGGAACAAGUGUUACGAGGAGAUCGUGAAGUCGGCUUUGACGGGAACCCUCUUGGGCUGCGUCCUCUUCAUACCAGGCUUGUGCAUGGUGAUCGGCGGCAUCCGCCACCAGGAGCAGAGGUUUAACAGCAGAUCGGCUGGUGUCAGCUCCGCCCUGCUCUUCUUAUCCGUGGGAGGUAAGCGAGGAACUGGCCCAGCGCUGGAGCUGCAGGUACAGGACGGAGGAAAGGGGGUGGUUCUGGCCAGCCUGGGCGGGGGGGCAGCACCCACUCUCCUGCCUCCUUUGCCUGCUGCUGGCUCUCCCAUCUUCAGGCCUCUCUAUGGCCCCUGGCCCUGUGUCCUUGGGCUCCCGGGUGGGUUGGGAAGUGCCUGUGAAAGGGAAGCUGUUCCCCAGCAGCUGGUCUCCCGGCUGGCUCCACCCGAAGCUCGGGUAGCGUCUCCCCUUCCCGGGGGUAACCGGGCGGCUGAGCGGGACCCUAGGCUGCAGCUCUCGGGUGGGGCUGAGUCAACGUGGGACUCCCUCGUGGGCCGGGGCCGGCUCUGCUCACGCACCUCCUUGCUUUGCACAGUGCCCGGUCACCACCACAGCGCCGUGGUCCACUGGUCCCGCUGCAGAGCCCUGCUCAUCCUCCUGCUCUCCACCCUGUGCAUGUCGGCCUGCGCGGACCUGGCCACGGAGCACAUCAGCCCCAUCCUCUCCAACUCCACCGUCUCGCAGUAUUUCAUCGGGGUGACGGUGCUGGCCAUGGUGCCCGAGCUGCCCGAGCUCGUCAACGGGAUCCAGUUUGCCCUGCAGAACAACCUGAGCUUGAGCAUUGAGAUCGGGAGCUGUAUCGCUGUCCAGGUCUGCAUGCUUCAGAUACCCAUCCUGGUGCUCUUCACCGUCUUCUACCCGACCGGCUUCACACUCGUCUUCAGUGACCUCCACGUCUACGCCAGCAUGUUCAGUGUGGUUCUCAUGAACUACACCUUCAUGGAUGGCAAGUGUGACUACUUCCAAGGUACGGUGCUGGUGAUGGUCUACUUCAUCCUCAUCGCCGUGUAUUUCUUUGCUCCUUCUCCUGCCGGCUGCUGAGGCCUGUUGCCAUGGGAACUUGCGUGUUGACUUUAGGAGAAGGUUCCCCCCACCCCGGGGCAGCUGUUGCCAAAAAGUUGAGUGUCUCGGAUGCUGGCUGGUUUGGCUUUCACGUGAAAGCGUCUGUUGCAUGAAGCCGAGGAACCUGCCCCGGAGCGUGGUUUUCCUUGAGUUUGUGUGUUAAAAGCCGGGAUUGAAUUGGGAAUGGCUCAGCACUGGGGAAGGGGGUGCUGUCAGGCUGGCCACUCACUCUGAACCCCAGAAGGACCCUGGAAUGAUGCCUGCUGUGACCAAGUGCCGAAUCUGCUGGAUUGCACACGGGGGAAAGUCUGGCCGAAGCUUUCGACCGCUGAAGGAGGCCGUCUUCUCUUUCUGCGGGGAAAGCCAAGGUGCUGUGGUGAAACAGACCUGGGGAAAAGGCCUCUCCUAUCCUCCCAAGCCCGAGUGCUCCCUGCGUGUCACACCUCAGCCUUUGCCACUAGCCGGUCAAACACACACAGGUGGCUUUUGCUCUGACUUGAAGUUGGUGGGUUUUUCCAACUGUUCUGAUUAAAGCAGUUUUGUACAACCUU